UCUUCCACCCGUAUUUCUCAUACAGCGGGAUUCCCCCGAUGCGCGGUGUUGAGCAUUCUAUCCAGCUCGUGACUGACUAUCGUGUUCACCAUCAGGCACCGUACCGACUUUCGAUUCCAGAGGCGACGGAACUCAAGCGUCAGCUUGAGGAGCUCCUUCGACUGGGUUUCAUUAAACCGAGUAACUCCCCUUGGGGUGCACUUGUCCUCUUUGCUCGCAAAGCGGACGGAACACUCCGCAUCUACAUCGACUAUCGCGGCCUUAACCGUUACACGGUUAAGAACAGCUAUCCCAUGCCCCGCGCGGAUAAACUGUUUGACCGUCUGGUAGAUAACCGCUUCUUCACGAAGAUCGAUUUUCGUAGCGGUUACCACCAGAUCCACGUUGUCGCAGAGGACCAGCCGAAGACCGCCUUCCAGUCGCAUUUCGGCCAUUACGAGUUCACGGUGAUGCCAUUCGGCCUCACCAAUGCACUCGCCACCUUCCAGACGGCGACGAACGAUAUCUUCAGGGACAUCCUUGACGAAUACGUUCUCGUAUACCUGGACGACAUCUUGGUYUACAGUYGUACCUUAGAAGACCAUAUCAGACACCUCCGCGAUGUCCUACAAUGCUUACGCAAGCAUGACUUCUAUGCCAAGCUCAGUAAUUUCACCACUCAGCCCAUCAAGGGUGAAACGAACGGCGUCGCCGAUGCCUUGUCCCACCAUCCUGAUCACAAUCAGGAACCCAUCCAUCUUGCUGCCAUCUCCAUCACCACUGUUGAUCAGUCGGUGAUCGACGGAUAUCGCACCCAGUACCGUCACUGCCCGGAUUAUCGCGUCAUCCACGCGACCCUGCGGAGUGGCAAGACCGUUCCCUCAUACUCCCUCGGUGAGAACGGUCUCGUGUACUGGCAUGGCAGAUCUGGUAAGCUAGAACCACGUAUCUGCGUUUCCUCCACCGGACAACUCCGUGUCCAGGCUGUAGCAGAGUUCCAUGACCAGGCAGGUGCCGGUCAUAUGGGCUUCCACAAGACGUUGGCUCGUGUUUGCCGCCUAUACGUCUGGCCGAAGUCUAAGGACAUCAUCAAAGCCGACAUCCAGGAGUGUGCUACCUGCCAGGAGGUGAACAUUGCGAACCACCUUCCGUAUGGGUUAUUUCAGUUCCUACCCAUACCUGAGGGUCGUUGGCAGUCCAUCUCGAUGGAUUUCAUUGGUCCCCUCCGCCCACCCACUGAGCACGGUCAUGAUGCUAUCUUGGUCGUCGUCGAUGGCUUCACGAAGCGUGCACGUUUCAUCUCGUGCCGCUAUCGUAUUAGCGCUUGUGAGGUCGCCAACAUCAUCUUCGACCGAGUUGUGAGAGAUCACGGCUUACCUCAGAGCAUCAUAUCCGAUCGUGACCCGCGCUUUACCAUUACAUUCUGGCGACGCCUACACGAGGUGUACGGAUCCCUGCUCUGCUUCUCAUCGUCUUACCACUCUUAGACGGAUGGUCAGACUGAGGUCACCAAUAAAACUCUCGGUAAUAU